AUGGCCGCUUGUCGGUCUGUUGCCCGAUCCAUCCCCGCUCUCCGCGCUCCCCGCACGGUGACGGUGACCGCCAGAGCUGCAUCUCAGACCCGAACCAUUCUCACAACCUCUUCAUCCGUCGCAAGAAUGGCUUCCCUGAGAUCUGCUGCUCCUUCUCUCACUGCCACUCGUGGCUUGCACGCUACCGCUGGCAAAUUCACCCCUGCAACAACCUCGGCCAACUCCACAGCUACCGAAUACCCGACCAACCACCAGAAGAUUGCCAACCCCAUUGACACAGCAAACUUCAUUGAUAAUGAAUUUGUUCCGUCCAAGGCAACCAAGUGGAUUGAUCUCCAUGACCCUGCCACCAACAACCUGGUUACUCGUGUCCCUCAGAGCACCGAUGAGGAGCUGAAGGCUGCCGUUGAGUCAGCCGAGAAGGCCUUCCCUGCCUGGAAGAACACUAGCAUCAUUGCCAGACAGCAGAUUCUUUUCAAGUUCACUGCCCUCAUUCGUACCCACUGGGACCGAUUGGCUGCCUCCAUUACCCUGGAGCAGGGUAAGACCUUCGCCGAUGCCAAGGGUGAUGUUCUCCGUGGUCUCCAGGUCGCUGAGACCGCCUGUGGUAUCACCACCCAGAUGACCGGUGAGGUCCUGGAGGUGGCCAAGGACAUGGAGACACGAAGCUAUCGUGAGCCUCUCGGUGUUGUUGCUGCUAUCUGCCCCUUCAACUUCCCCGCCAUGAUUCCUCUCUGGUGCAUCCCCAUUGCUACUGCCACCGGUAACUGCCUGGUCAUGAAGCCCUCUGAGCGUGAUCCCGGUGCCGCAAUGAUCUUGGCCGAGCUGGCCAAGGAGGCCGGUUUCCCUCCCGGUGUCAUUAACAUCAUCCACGGAUCCGCUCCCACCGUGGACUUCAUUCUUGAUGAGCCUGCCAUCAAGGCUAUCAGCUUCGUUGGCAGUAACCGUGCCGGUGAGUACAUCUACACUCGCGGUUCUGCCAACGGCAAGCGUGUUCAGGCCAACCUUGGUGCCAAGAACCACGCUGCUGUUCUGCCCGACUGCAACAAGAACCAGUCUCUCAACGCCAUUGUUGGAGCUGCCUUUGGUGCCGCCGGACAGCGCUGCAUGGCCUUGAGCACUUGUGUUAUGGUUGGCGAGACAAAAGAGUGGCUGCCCGAGAUUGCUGAGCGUGCCAAGGCCCUAAGCGUGAACGGCGGCUUCGAGGAAGGUGCCGAUCUCGGCCCUGUCAUCAGCCCUGAGAGCAAGAAGCGCAUCGAGGAUCUGAUUGCUAGCGCCGAGGAGGAGGGUGCUACUAUCCUUCUGGAUGGCCGUGGAUACAAGCCUGCCAACUACCCCAAUGGCAACUUUGUUGGCCCCACUAUCAUCACCAACGUCACCCCCGACAUGAGGUGCUACAAGGAGGAGAUCUUCGGUCCUGUCCUUGUCUGCCUGAACGUCGAGACCCUUGACGAUGCCAUCAGCACCAUCAACGCCAACGAGUACGGCAACGGUGCCGCCGUCUUCACUCGCUCCGGCUCAACCGCCUCCAGAUUCCAGAAGGAGAUCGAGGCUGGCCAGCUCGGCAUCAACGUGCCUAUUCCCGUCCCACUUCCUAUGUUCUCUUUCACCGGUAACAAGAAGAGCAUCGCCGGUGGCGGUGCCAACACCUUCUACGGCAAGCCUGGCUUGCAGUUCUAUACACAGCAGAAGACUGUCACCAGUCUAUGGAAGAGCGAGGAUGCUACCAGCACCAAGGCUAGCGUGGUGAUGCCCACUCACCAUUAA